AUGAGUUUCAACGGUAAUGGUACACAUGCUUCAACGGUUCGCCCUUUGAAACCUGGCAUUUAUGCGCCAAUUCCAUCGUUCUUCCUUCCCGAGUCCGAAGAUCUCGACAUCCCCUCUUUUGAGAACCAUGUCGUCCGUGUCGCAACUGCCGGAGUUGGACCGCUUUUGGCUGGGUCGAUGGGCGAAGCUAUCCAUUUAUCACAUGAAGAGCGGGUGAUAUUGAUCAAGACUGCAAGGAAGGCACUUGACCAUGCGGGGUUAUUAAACAUUCCGGUCAUAGCCGGCAUCGGCGCCGGCAGCACUCGCGAGUCCAUAGACCUAGCAAAUGAAGCCGCUGCAGCUGGUGCAGACUACGCCAUCGCUAUCACCAGCGGUUACUUUGCUGGUGCACUUGCUGGCGACAAGAAGGCACUGAAAGCUUUCUUCCAAGAAGUUAGCUCUAAGAGUCCCAUACCAGUAAUAAUCUACAAUUACCCUGGUGCCAGUGGAGGUAUCAACUUGGACUCAGACCUCAUCACUGAGUUGGCUAUUGAGUGCCCGAAUAUCUGCGGUGUCAAGCUCACCUGUGGAGAUGUCGGGAAGCUUACCCGCGUGGCAGCCACGGUCUCGGAUCCGAUGUUUUCAUCUCUUCACCCCCGGACAAACAAGAAUGCGCCUUUCCUUGUCCUUGGCGGAUUCAGCGACUUCCUUUUGCCGUCGGCGUAUUCAAAUGGGGAUGGUGCUAUUACUGGCCUUGCAAACGUUGCUCCUUAUGCUAUUGUCAAACUCUUUGAGUUAAGCGAGGCUUCGAUAAUUGAUCCUUCCUUCCUUCCCGAGGCACAGCGGCUGCAAGGCAUCGUUGGGCGUGCAGACGCCACCAUUGCAAAGGCGUCGAUUUCAGGAACGAAAUACCUUCUCCAGAAAUUGUACGGCUAUGGCGGCCAUCCCCGAAGGCCCCUCCCGCCCAUUGAACCUGUAGUAGCCGAGGCCUUGUGGGAGCAUUCGCACACGCAAGCCCUCGUGCGUCUUGAACAGGAGGUCAGCGGAAAGGUGCGGUAA